CAAGUAGCUAGAGUCAGCGCGGAUAUUUAAAUAUUAUAACUAUAAGGCAGAUGCGCACUAAGGCGGAGAUGGCUUGUCAAGUUCUUUAUUAUGUGUCCGAAGUCGCAGAAUACUUCAUGCCGCGGACUGACACUCAGAGGACGACGGCCACUGCAGCUACCACGGACAUUGACACCACCACCCCUGAGACGGCGGACACUGCCACAUCGUGGAAGAAAAUGCGAAGUGACCUUGUCGAUUUUUUGUUCGAGGAUUGGUUGUAUAAUUCGGAUCACAUUUCUGACUCCUUAUGUGGAGUUACUGGAUUCUCGGCUGUGAGAACGUCACCGCUUCCCGUUCCGAGGCGGGGUCCAACGGCGAAGGUUUUGCUUCGUCUUUUCCCGGCUAAGAAGAUUGGAGUUGCAAAUGAUGCACCAAGCGCUCCUUCAACUAAGAUCUUCACCCUUGGUCCUUCAGAAAUUGCUGCAGCAUUUUUCACGAGUUAUUUUCACAGCGAAGAAAAAGGGAUGACACGACAGCAGAAGUUAGCUCACUACCUUAUAUUGACAUAGAAGUAAGAAAAAUUAAUAGGUGUACGGCAUUGAAUUCAAAAAACGCAGGCAGAGUUAAAAAACUCUUACAGAGACUGAGAAUCGGAAUUGAGAUUAUCCGAAUCGGGAUCGACUAGCAGGCUUAUUAACGAGAAAGAGAGACAGAAACACUCGC